AGUUGUGUUUCGUGAUGUAAAAGUCGUAAUAAUUUUGGAAUGUGUAGUGGUUCAUAUUUUUUAACAGAUUCUCGGUGUUGCUUCCUUCGUAGAUGUUCGCUGGUUGUAUCGGAUUACUACUGGUGCUAGGCGGGUUAAAUUGUAUUAGUAGUAUUUCUGGAUUUUCGCCGGUCACGUGGAACACCAGAACGGUGGCGUUGCUAUUGACUUUGGCAAGCUCCGUAACCGUCGGAACGAAUGUCGGCAGAAACGAUGUCAGCUCUGCCAAUUGGGCCCAUCGCGGGCGUCAAAUACCCAAUUGAGGUUCUGUACUGUGGGGAAUGUUCAAUGCCCAUAGAAUAUUGCGAAUACUAUUCAAAUGCUUCUAAGUGCCAGGAAUGGCUGCAGAAACAUUUACCAGAGGAAUUUGAGAAACGACUGAAGCUUACUGAAAGAACGGCAGGCAGUGACGGACAAACAAAAGUUGGCGAAGGUGGCGUCGGAGGAUCGGGAGCGGCUGGUGGAGGUAGGGGUACAGGUGAAGGAGUUGGUGGUGACGAAGAAAAAAAGCGCCAAAAACGCGGUGGUAAGGGCGUUAUUAAAACAAAAAAGAAGGUCGAAAAAGAACGCCAUAUUCAGCUCAGUAGACAGGCACGGGGCAAAAAAAAGAGCGUAACUGUGAUUCAGGGGCUGGCGACAUUUGACAUCGAUUUAAAGGAGGCCUCUAAGUUGUUUGGACACAAAUUCGCCUGCGGCAGUUCGGUCACGGGGGAAGACGAGAUCGUAAUCCAGGGUGACGUAAAAGAUGACCUCUACGACCUUAUUUUAGAAAAGUGGCCUGAGAUCGACGAAGAAGCUGUUGAGGAUUUGGGAGAUGUCAAAGCUCGUUAGGUCUUACCUAUAUAAAAUAUUUCAACAGGCUAAGCAUUAAAAUACUAACUCGUGUGUUGUCUAUAUAUACAUUUACAUAUACAAUAUAUAUGAAUAAAUGUGAUUUAAUAGUGAUAAUAAUUAAAGCAGGGUUGUGUGUAGCUGUAGCCUUUUUUAUGUUUACGUGCUGUUUUGCUUCGAAGACUUGCACGUAAUUUCUAUUAUAAAAUCACCUAAACAACUGAAUGUAGUCGUAUUCCAUAACACAAAUCGAAAAGCUGAUUGCAAACUGGGUCUUGUUUUUCUAUCCUCUGGAUUACGUUAAUGGUCGUUAUAAAUAGGGUACGUAGACAUACCGUUUCCAGUGUCACAUUUCUGUUUUCUUGUAUUUUUUUUUAAAAAGAGUCAAGCAUUAUUGGCUGCGCAGAGUUUGUUUUUUUUUCUUAUACACAAACCAUAUUUAAAAGCUAGUCUCAGCGGCAUAAUUGAUAGGUUGAUAGAUUGAUAGAUUGAACUCUCAGUGUGGUCGGAGCAGUGCUGCAUCUGUAACACUGAUCUUAAAUGAGUGCGGUGAAAUGUUGAAUCUCUCACCACUCUCAGGCGCUUACAUAGGAAGGUUAUAUUAAGCACAGUUCUGCUGAAACGUAUGUGAGUGCUUUUCACAAAAAGCUUUUGAUGGACAGAUCUAGAGCUUGAUAGUAAUAAUGUCAACCAUAAGCGGAACAUUCAAAACAUUAACUUCUUUGAUGGUUUCUGCACUACUUACCUAGCUUGUAAUGUCAGUAUGGUAUUUGUAUAACAGGUUGGGUGGAUAUUAAUAUGCAGAGCGUUCCGUCUAAAUUUGAAGAAUGUGUCUUUUAGUGUCUUCCGUUGUUAUGGUGUAUUUAAGUGGACACAUUUUUGCAUGUAUCCACAAUGAUUCCGCACGAGCAUAUUUGUUAUUUAAUGUAACUUCACUUCAUUCUUAUUGUGAUUUGAAUUUAAAGUCUGAACUGCCAAAGUGCCCGCUUCAGAGAUAUCUGUCUGCUCUGCUGAACGUUUUCAUAAUAGAGACAAUGGGGUUCGAGCUGGGAAUUAUGAAGAUAUCAGAUUAAUAUUCGCGUAUGCUUCUUUAGCACCGUAAUAGUCAUUAAACUAUUUCUGUGCGUUCACGUUCUACUGAAAAAACGUGCCUUAUUUUUGUAACAUCAGUGAAUCUGGCAUUGUACUAUAGAGCAUUAAAGAAAUCUAAGGUUUAACACACUUACCAGAAUGUGUUUAAUAUGCUUUUCAUGGAAUAAGAAUGCUGUUGUAUAUCAUCACGGCUUAUUGUUGUAAAUUUGAUUGAAAUAUAUUGGCUACCUGAGUCCUAUCAGUUUUGGAUCGUAUCCGUAUUAAACCACACUAAAAUCCAUAAUAAUGUUAUAUAACGUAUCAAAAAAAUGUAUACAUAGUUUGAAUGAUUAUAGUUCAAGAAUCUAUAUAUAACGCACGCAUUUUCCCUUACCGCAGGUGUUUAAAGUUAUUACGGUUCGGAUCAAUAUACUGAUGAUAACUAGCCUAUUGAAUACCUAUAAAAAAAAAAGCUGACUGCAGGUCUGGGAAAAACGCAAGGUAUUCUAUAGGACAUUUUGCUCCAAUUCAUCUGCUUGAAAGAUUCUAAUUAAUAUAAUAUAAUCCCUUAUGGCUGAGAUCAAAUAGUAGUUUCUUUUCUAUAUAUAUUGGUACUCAAUGUCUGUAAGUACCUUUAGUUAUGUUACCAGCGACGAAGUAUAGCUAGCCCACGGUAGACUAAAAUGUCCUAUAAGGAAUACGUCAACAAAUUUUAGUCACAUAGAACAAUUCUAUUGAAAAAAUGUUCCUUAGGUUACAAGUAAGAUUGGAGCUGUCAAAGAUCUCCUGAUGGUCAACCUACGAUUAUUUGGCCAUUAAACAGAUCUUCGAAAAAUGGUAUGUCCGUUACGGAAAUGUUAUAAAUUAAGAAUAUUAAGCACUUACUUACAGAACAAGAUAAGGUUAGAUAUAUCAAACAGAAGUCAAUAUCUAUGGCAGCUUCAAUAAGCAGAUUUUACCAAAAAAAAGCAUAUAGAGUUUAUUUCAGCGAAAAUCAUGGCUCAAUUUAAGAUCUUUUCGGAUACAAUCUGUCUCUGAAUUUUCGAUGAUACAAUUGCUUUAAGUGCGUUUGUAAUAAGGAAAUAAAUUUUCGAUGAUUAUACAUGCAAAGCUGAAAAAGAUCGAUACGUCAGUCAGCCGAACUGAAGAAACCAGAAUAUGAAGAUAUCAAUGUUCAUAUCUCGGUUUCUUCAGUGGAAACGGAAGUACGUAGAUAAAACAGUAAGUUGUACGUUAGAAAAAACUGCGUACUCACAUUAGUGGUUCGUGCAACUGAAACUUACCUGGAAGCAGACAAAGGUAUUUUAUAAUGGCACCAAGUUAAUAAGAUCAGGACAACUUCGAAAUACAAUAAACGUAAAAGUUACCAGAAACACAAAAUAAAAAAAACGGUAACGCCAAACUAGGGUCGAUUUUUCCACUUGGGCUGAGUACCAAUUUUGAGGAACAUUAUUACCCACUCUUAUCAGCGGCAAACAUAUUUAAAAAACUGAAUGAACGAAGUGUUUCUCUUCUAUUAUUUUAAGUGCAUACGUACGACUUGCGGUAGAUAGUGAACCAAAAAGUCUACUACUCUAAGGAAAUUAUCCAGAUAUAAUACGUU